CCUGGAGGAGUCAGCCUGAGCCCCCCCCCCCCCACUCUCUCGCUGAGAGUUUCCUUGCGUGGUCCGUCAACUCGCUGGGCGACUUUGCCGCACAGAACUGGACUCCGCACCGCGCUCUCCCACGUGGGCUGACCUUCAGCGCCUCAGCCUCAGGUUGUAGGCUAGUCAGUGUGAUCGCAUGUCCCGUCGUUCCCCGUGAGAUCCCUGCAGGAAUGGCUGCCCCGUCCAUGAAGGAAAGGCAGGUGUGCUGGGGCGCGCGAGACCUGUACUGGCGGUGUCUCGACGACAACGCGGAGGACGCGGCUCGGUGCCGGCAGCUGAGGAGCUCGUUCGAGGCCAGCUGCCCCCAGCAGUGGAUAAAAUAUUUCGACAAGAGAAGAGACUACUUAAAAUUCAAGGAAAAAUUUGAAGCAGGAGAAUUCCAGCCUUCACAGUCCACUGAAAAUUCCUAGGCACUUCCUGGACUUUCAUACAAGUGGAGAUUAUUCUGGACUGUCAGAAAUGCUUUGCUGGUUCCAGGACAAAGGCAAUUUGACCCACAGUUACACAUAAAAGGGUCUAAUAGCAGAAGAUCUAGUCAUUCAAACUGUGAAGGACUGAAUGGUAUUACGUGUGCUGCUCUAAUUUAGUGAGAGAUCUAUCUUAAGGAAAAAAAAUAAAGCUUAUAAUAAAAAACA